UGCUUCAUUAUUCCCCAAUGUUUAAUGUUUAACAGUGCCUUAAGUAAAUAAGCUGUUAUGAGAGAGGAGUUCGAGUUCAAAAACGAGCUGAGUAAAGUAAAACGACUUAGAAAUAAUAAUUAAUUAAUUCAAGUGAAACGGAAAAAAUUAAAAUUAUUAUAAACGGCAUUUCUGUCGCGUAAUUUCACUUUAUAAACGCCAAUCUUUAAAACAGGCAAUUUCUUUCUUCAGAAGCAGAUCCCGAGUAUAAAAGUAAGAAGUUGCAGGUUAAAUAAUCGCAGUUGUUUCUAAGUGUUUAGUGAAUCAACAAGUGAAUAUUUUGUUAGCAGUGAGUGUUUGCAUAUUUGAGAUACAUAAGCGCCGGAUUUGCAUAUUCAGCUAAAUGAUUUCUACAAAACUAUUGGCUCUCUUUAUUUUGAUGUUCGUCUGCUAUGGCCGAACGGAUGCAGCAGGUGGUGAAACACCUUCAUAUGAAUGCAACUUAUGUGAGGAACAACUCGCCAAAUACCGGAAAUUCAUUCUACAGGCUAUUAUCAAUUUCGAGGACGUUUGCGAUUCCUACCAUCCCGACAGCCAUGAUUUCUUACACAGCUAUCAGCCCAAGGAGCGUGGUGAUAUCUGGGCGUUCUUCAAGUUACUCAUGGCCCAAUUCAACGACGUGGAUUUUGUGAAUGUCGUCCAUGACGCAGUAAUAGAUAGAUGCCGCACACGCUUCCAACGAGAAGAGAAGCGCGACCCUACGAUGUUGGGGAAAAAACAGCGAUUUCAUUCGUGGGGUGGCAAGAGGGCUCUACAACCACCUAGCAUCGAUUUGAACAAUCGCAUCUUGGAUGAGAAGACAUCCGAUAAACCAUAUUUUAUUUAAAACAAAUUAGAAAUAACAAUAAACUACAAGAUGUGUAUAUAAAUACUGAUGUUAAUAGGUGGUUAAUUAUUUUACAUAGAACAUUUUUAUUUUAAUGUUAUUGCAAUAAAGUGAACGCUUUGAAAACUCGAAAA